AUGGGGAUGGUGAAGAGUACCAAUGAGAGCAACAUAACAGGUUUUAUCCUGUUAGGGUUUUCUGAUUAUCCUCAGUUACAGAAGGUUCUAUUUGUGGUCAUCUUGAUCUUGUAUUUACUAACCAUUUUGGGGAACACCACCAUCAUUCUGAUAUCUCGUCUGGAACCCAAGCUUCAUACACCAAUGUAUUUCUUCCUUUCUCAUCUCUCCUUCCUGGACCUCUGCUUUACCAGCAGUGUUAUUCCACAGCUCCUAGUAAACUUGUGGGAUCCCAUGAAAACCAUCACCUAUGGUGGCUGUGUGGUUCAGCUCUAUGUCUCUCUUGCCCUUGGAUCUACUGAGUGUGUCUUACUGGCUCUGAUGUCCUAUGAUCGUUACGUGGCCAUCUGCCGUCCCCUCCACUACACUCUCUUAAUGCAUCCCCAUUUCUGCAUGACCCUGACAUCUUUGGCGUGGCUUAGUGGGGUGACCACCACCCUGGUACAGUCCACUCUUACCCUGCAGCUACCGUUCUGUGGGCAUCACCAAGUGGAUCAUUUUAUCUGUGAGGUCCCUGUACUUAUCAAGUUGGCUUGUGUGGACACAACUUUCAAUGAGGCUGAGCUCUUUGUGGCUAGUAUCCUCUUCCUUAUAGUGCCUGUCUCCUUCAUCCUGGUCUCCUAUGGUUACAUUGCCCAAGCAGUUUUGAAGAUCAAGUCAGCUACUGGAAGAAAGAAAGUGUUUGGGACCUGUUCCUCCCAUGUGACGGUUGUCAUCAUUUUCUAUGGAACCAUCAUGUUCAUGUAUCUGCAGUCAGCCAAGAGUACAUACAAGGAUCAGGGAAAGUUUGUCUCCCUCUUCUACACUGUGGUGACCCCCAUGCUUAAUCCUCUUAUCUAUACUCUGAGGAACAAAGAGGUUAAGGGGGCACUAAGGAAAGUUCUAGGGAAGAUUCAGGUAGUAAAUUUUACAUGA